GCUUUACUGCUUUUACAGCCGCCCGACUGCCCACUGCGCCCUCUUCAGUUGAUUUGUACAAGUUCACCAUCAUAAACAUCAAAAUAGCAUUUACGCAGGAAUCAAAAAUUUGCCUGUCUAUAACUUAACUACCAACAAGAUGAGUAGUGUACAGUGUCGCUUGGUAACAGCAGGAAAGCUAGUUACCCGCAGUUGUCGUGUCAACCAUGGUUCACUUUGUUUAACGCAACACCGUAAAGCCUCACAAUCAACAAUAUCUGCUGCACUCAACGUUUCAAAUGCGAUUCUUCGCCCUGCCACAUGUUCUCCUGUUCAUUCUGUGUCCGGAGGAUUAGGCACAACUCGCUUAGAACACAAUAGUGUAGGCUCUGGUGAUACAUCAGGGCCUAAGAAACCACCUGUGAUUAGCAGUGGUUCCACAACAACAUCAGACACAGGGAGUGGAAAGGAUGGUGGUGGAAAUCAACUCUGUUGUCCAAAGUGUGGUGAUCCUUGUACUCAUGUUGAAACAUUUGUUUCAUCCACCAGAUUUGUGAAGUGUGAGAAGUGUCACCACUUUUUUGUUGUCUUGUCGGAGCUGGACUCCAAAAAAACUUUGAAGGAGCAGCAAGGAAUGCGUGAAGAUGCUAAAGCAGGAGUAUCUAGAAAACCACCUCCCCCACCCAAAAAGAUAUUUGCUUAUUUAGACAAGCAUGUUAUUGGUCAAGAGCAUGCCAAAAAGGUUUUAAGUGUUGCAGUGUACAACCAUUACAAGCGUAUCUACAAUAACAUUCCUGUUGGAAGUCAGCGUUCAGAUCCUGCUGUUCUUGAGCAGUCUUCACACCAAAAUUCUUUAAACCAUCGAGACCUCCUGCAUGUGAGUGGAGUUGGGUCAACAUCAUUUGGAAUGGGAUUUCAACAGCCCUUAUCUCAAGAUGCUGAGCCGAAGAAAAGUCAAAAUGGGAAUGUGAAUAGUGGGUCAGAUAUAUUAGACAGUAAUUCACAUGAUCUUCGCUUGGAGAAAAGUAAUAUCUUAUUACUAGGCCCCACAGGAUCAGGAAAGACACUAUUGGCACAAACAAUUGCUCAAUGUUUGGAUGUUCCUUUUGCUAUUUGUGACUGCACUACUCUCACUCAAGCUGGGUAUGUUGGAGAAGAUAUUGAAAGUGUUAUUGCCAAGUUACUACAAGAUGCCAAUUACAGUGUUGAAAGGGCUCAAAUGGGCAUAGUAUUUCUGGAUGAGGUCGAUAAAAUUGGAGCAGUACCUGGUAUUCACCAGCUGAGAGAUGUUGGUGGAGAGGGAGUUCAGCAGGGUAUGCUCAAGAUGCUGGAAGGAACCAUUGUAAAUGUGCCUGAACGCAAUUCUCCUCGAAAACUAAGAGGAGAGACUGUUCAGGUGGACACCACUAAUAUAUUAUUUGUAGCAUCUGGAGCUUACAAUGGCCUUGACAGAUUAAUAAGCCGCAGAAAAAAUGAGAAGUAUCUGGGUUUUGGUAUCCCUGCAGCAGAAUCACCAGGCAGAAGGGCUGCUUCUCUAGCAGACAUGGCUAAUCAAAGCGCUGCUACUUCAGCUGAAGAAGACAAUCAGGAGAAAGAUGCAUACCUACGACAAGUGGAGGCCAGAGAUCUUAUUGAAUUUGGCAUGAUUCCGGAAUUUGUUGGGAGGUUCCCGGUUCUUGUAGCCUUCCAUUCAUUAAACCAACAGCUGUUAGUCCGAAUUUUGACCGAGCCUCGUAAUGCUAUGGUGCCACAAUAUCAAAUGCUCUUUGGAAUGGAUAAAGUUGACCUUACCUUCACACCAGAUGCUCUACAUGCUAUAGCCAAACUCGCUAUGGAACGUAAAACUGGUGCAAGAGGAUUAAGAGCUAUCAUGGAAACUCUACUACUUGAGCCUAUGUUUGAAAUUCCUGGGUCAGAUGUCAUCAGUGUACAUAUUACAGAAGAUGUUGUGUUUGGCAAGAGUGAACCCAUGUACAUCCGAGGAAAACCAGUAUCUCAGGAUGAUGAGGAGCGUGAUGUGGAUGUCCAAGCUCAGGCUCGUGCUGAAGCCAAGUAAUUCAUCCUAUCCAACUGUCUGUCUGCCUGUGAUGCAGGAUUCGAGUGCAGCUCCAGGCGAGCGCACGUUUGGGCUCAGCUCCAGCUGUUCUUUCAGCAAACGAGUAUGAAGUUGGUUGCUGAAACACCAAGAGGUGAGAUGAUUCAUCUCUAAAUAUUGGGUUAUCUCUGUGAUAUGUUUAGCAUAAAAACAAAACAGGCAACAAUUCCUCUACUUUAUAUAAAGCCCUCGUUGGAAACUCAACCAGACAGUUUACAUAAGCUUUCAAUUACAUUUUCAUGAUAUUCUGUUAACAAAUAAUAAAUAAAACAAGUACACUUAUUAAAUAGUGUGCUUUUAAAUGCUCCUUUUUGGUUCAAAUAUCAAAAAGCUUGAACUAUUGACUGUAGUGUCAACAACGUUUUCUUCUACAUGAUUCUGUUCCAUCUAAGGUUGAAAUAGAUUGUUGGGAAGAAUGUCAUAUAUUUCAACUGCUUAUAGUAAGCCAAUUUGUUUUUGUAACUUAUUUAUUCUUUAAUAUGUGUAUUUCUGCUCUAAACUUAAUUCUAAUUUGGAAUUCAGUAUACACAUGCUAAGGAUACAGAAAGUUUGGGCAUCCUUCAUCUUUGGUGAUGGAGUAUGAUAGGGCUACGUAGUAAAUACGAAGUUAAUAAUAAAUGAAAUGAUUUAUCAUUUUUUGUCAUGAUGGAUUUGAUCUAUCUAGGCUCCACAAUGUCUAAGCCUCAUUAGUAAUCUUUUUCUAAGGGCUCUGAAAUUUGUAUUAGUGUGUCUUUUAACAAAUUUAUUGGUUGAAGUCUGUUGAAGGCAAUACUGAUCUCUGUACCUGUGGUUUUGAAGGUGGGUGAAGUCAUCCACUCACAUUAACAUUUGCUGUUUAACUGUCUGGCGAAGCCUUGGGUCCUAUAGCGGGCAAGCUAUAAGAUUAGAGAAGUUUCAUCUCUUUCUAUGUGACUGGCUGAGGUAGAGGGGUGCAAUUUAAUGCUUUGAGGGACAGCCUUGAUUUGGAAGUUCGAAGGGAUCUUGUCUUGUAUGGUAUAUUGCAGUAAAGCAUUUGAAGUGCACAAACUUCUUAUCAUUAACAUGUUAUGUCCUAGUUUCUACUAUUUGGUUUUCAAGUUUAGUAUAUUGUUUUAUGUAUAUAUAUAUAACCAUGUAUGAAGAGUUUAAUUUAAAUAAAGGAAAAAACAAAAUGAA